UGCACCACAUUGAUAAUUGAAAUCGCGCCGAUUACAGUCGAUUAGGAUUUUUAGUGCCAGUAAAAGUGUCAUUCAAAAAGAAUUUAAAUCAUUAAAAAAAAUAUAUUUAUCCAUCACUUCUUUACGUCCCCCCCGGGAAAAGGGGUUGUUUCUUUUCGACCAACAGUGUUAAAUUUUAUUUUUUAUUUUCAUUUUUCAAUAUAAAUUUACAAAAAAAAAAUAUUUUUUCAACAAGACAAUUAUUACGAACAAACUUCAGGAUAUGAACUACUCCGAACCUUUGUGGGAAAUUAAUGGAAAUCAAGCACCGAUAAUAAGUUCGGAGAUGUCACAAUACGUAGGAAGUGAAUUAAGCAAUUAUCCAAUGUGGGACGGAUCAGUUUUAUAUCAAUCACCACCACCAACCCAUUCUCAUGUCAAUGAACAUAGUUUAUAUCGACAACCCUGUGCUCUCUUACAUCAAAGUCGCUACACACAAAAUAGUCGUAGCCAGAAUCUAUCAACAUCAUCGUCAAAAAAACCGAGACGCAGAGUUGCAACCGUGUCUCAAAGAAGAGCAGCCAACAUUCGAGAGAGACGUAGAAUGUUUAAUUUAAAUGAAGCUUUCGACAAACUUCGCAGAAAGGUUCCAACCUUCGCCUACGAAAAGCGUCUAUCGAGAAUCGAAACACUUCGACUAGCUAUCACAUACAUUGCAUUUAUGGGAGAAUUACUGGGAAUCGAAGCGUCUAGUCCAAAGCAAGAUUAUAUUCCACGGGACUACUAUUUACCAAAUUAACAUCCAUUAUAGUGAUUACAAAAAUUAUAUUGACUGAAAACGUCUUCCAUUAAUUUUUAAGAAGCUUAUGCGACGAUGUAGACAAAUAAAAUUACGAUAACAAAACUCUAGUCAUUUAAAGAUUGUAUAUUUAAGAAUAAUAAUAAAAUCAAAUCAAAAAGCUUGA